GAGGGCGGGGAGGUGUAGCGUGGCGCUUACUCCGCCUUCGAGCCGCCCCGGCGCGGGGCGGAGGCGAGGGGUUGUCUCAAAAGUCUCUCCUUCCCCUGCAGGGGCGGCGGCAAGUCCCCGCGCGAGCCCAGGGUGUCAGAGGCUGAGGCAGAAGAAGCAAAGUUCCCGGGGCUUCUUCGAGGCUGCUGUCCGGGUUGCCAGUUCGGCUUCCCCCUCCUCGCCAAGGCAAUGGCUUCCAAACUCCUGCGCGCGGUCAUCCUUGGGCCGCCCGGCUCGGGCAAGGGCACCGUGUGUCAGAGGAUCGCCGAGAACUUUGGCCUCCAGCAUCUCUCCAGCGGCCACUUCUUGCGGGAGAACAUCAAGGCCAACACGGAAGUUGGUGAUAUGGCAAAGCAGUACAUAGAGAAAAGUCUUUUGGUUCCAGAUCACGUGAUCACACGCCUCAUGCUGUCAGAGCUGGAGAACAGGCGCGGCCAGCACUGGCUACUGGAUGGUUUUCCUAGAACAUUAGUUCAGGCCGAAGCCUUGGACAAAAUAUGUGACCUGGACCUAGUGAUCACUUUGAACAUUCCAUUUGAAACGCUCAAAGAUCGUCUCAGCCGACGCUGGAUUCACCCUCCUAGUGGGAGGGUAUAUAACCUGGACUUCAACCCGCCUCAUGUACAUGGCAUCGAUGACAUCACUGGUGAACCAUUGGUCCAGCAGGAGGAUGACAAACCUGAAGCAGUUGCUGCCAGACUAAGACAGUACAAGGAUGUGGCAAAACCAGUCAUUGAAUUAUACAAGAGCCGAGGAGUACUCCACCAAUUUUCUGGAACGGAGACUAACAAAAUCUGGCCCUAUGUUUACACACUUUUCUCGAAUAAGAUCACACCUAUUCAGUCCAAAGAAGCCUACUGAGCCCGCCCAGUGGAAGAACCAGGAAGAUAUGGUCAUCCAUUCAAUUGUAUGUGUAGUGUUGGUGCCAUGUCCCAAUUAGCAGCUAGCUGAGAUAGCUUGCAGCAUCUUUUCUAGUUUAAAUGGUGAACUGCUAUGAAAACUAAUGAAUAGAAAGAGUUAAUGAAGAGGCUCUUCUCUGCAUUUCUAAAAGGGCUACCUGCACAUGUUUAAGCUGUCCCUGCACAUGUCUCAAGUCCUUCACAAGAAAGAAAGCAAGUACAGGCUGGAUUUCAAGUGGUGUAUAACCCAAGCUCUAGCUGAUUUUCGACAGCCAUGUUGUUGCCAUAGUGGCCUUUUCACACGUGAUGGUGGUGGUCCCUGGUUCUCCCCAGCCCCCAAAGGCUGUUGAACCAUAGCACCAGGAGGCCUGAGAAUGCCAAGGGCUGUAGCUGCCUUUGUCCCAGGUUCUCUGGUAUGUGCCCUUCUGGUGACAGUGGGAUUGAAGCUAAGCACUCGGUGGUUGGUUCUCUGGCCUUGAGUCACUCUCCACAAUUCAUUUUUUCCCUUAGGAAUGACGCCUCCUCUCUGCAUCCAUACUCCAUAGAAUCUCUCCUUUCCAGUCAUCCUGGAAUGAAAGGAUUUGGCUUUUACUACUUUUAUUAGACAUCUGUUUUCUCCCUUCCUAGACUAUUAAGUAAUACAGAUUGUUACUGCUUUUAUCCCUCUCAAAUUCCUUUCUAAGAGCUGAGAGCUAGGGGACUGUGUUGAAUCUCUUUAUGCACUAGGAACUGAGCUAUGUGGAGGGUCUAUUUAAACUGCUGGUCUGACUCUCAUGGGUUGACACUGCUCCUUUCUUUUAUUGUGGCAAAAUAAAACCCUCAGAGUCUUUAGGGAACCCUCAAAAACUGGCAAAUAUUCACCUCCAUAACUGUUAAAAGAUCAUAUCAUAUCUUAUGUAUGGAAGUAAAUAAGACCAUAUGGAAUUACUGGACUAAAUGAAUAGUUUAGCUUUUUAGUCAAGACAAAAAAAUGUAUUUUGAAAAUGCUGCUAAAUAUUGAUGCUGACAGUGUUUUUCUCCUGUGAGUGACCCAAGCAUAUUAUAAAUAGUUGGUGAAGGGAAUGGAGCCUGUGGGGUUGAGGAAAAUGUUGCACUAGCCAUGCCUGGACUGAUGAUGACAGGUUUACGAUUAUGGAAUUUGACAAAAAUCAUAAUUUUUUAUUCUAUUCCAAAGAUGCUUUCUAUAGAGUGGCCAUUAAGUCUAGAAAUAUAGAUCAUACCAUUUUGUCAUUCACUGAAAUGUAGUAUCAGUAAACCAUUUAUUUAAGGA